AUGUUGGCUACACUCUUAUAAGAAAUGGUUCUAUACAGAACCAAUAGGUUCUACAUAGAACCCCAAUGAGACCUUGUUUCUGGAUGAUGGAACUGCAGAAUAGAGCAGGCCAAGAGUAGAGGAUUUGUAUUUGUAGUACCGUGAACUGCCACAGAAGGACGCCCUCUGACAAUUUAAACAUGCCCUCCUGAUUUGCAUAGGCAAAUAAUGUUCUAUAUAUUUAUUGAGAGGAAACAUGCUAUUUAUAGCUCAACGGUGUCCAACAAAGUAGGAUAUUUAUCAAUGAACUUAGUAUUUAGAAUCAAGUGGCGAAGCGUCGCAGCGGUCUAAGGCACUGCAUCUCAGUGCUUAAGGCGUCACUACAGAUACCCUGGUUUGAAUCCAGGCUGUAUCACAACCGGCCGUGAUUGGGAGUCCCAUGGGGCGGCGCACAAUUGGCCCAGCGUCGUCCGGGUUUAGCCGGUGUAGGCCAUAAUUGUAAAUAAGAAUUUGUUCUUCAACUGGCUUGCCUAGUUAAAUAAAGGUUACAUUUUCAAGAACAUAAGUAGCUGUACUCUUAUAGCCUAGAUUUAUAUAUCAAAUCGUUUGUUUCUUUAGCGCCACAUUUUGUUCACUAUCAUUAUCAUCCCAAAAUGGUUAAAUGUUCUAUCCUAGGCUCCUACUACAUACCAGGCCUCUUUAAUUAGUCUAGGAACGAAGCUAUACAAAAUAUCUCCACUCAAGAUUAGAAUCGAAUGAGAGAAGUGCCCCCACUUUAUGGAGGUACAGUUUAAUUAGGUGAAGGUUCUUUGUAGGAAAUUAAAAAUCUGAUUAGCCUGGCUCGUUCUCGUUCACGAACAGACGGGGAUUACCAAAGCCCCUCUUACUAUUGUAAAGCAUACGUCAGCAAAUUAAAAAGACUAUCCACCCAUUUCUAGAGCGGAUAAAUACAGCCCAGACAUAGCCUACUACAACACCUCACCCAGGCUACACCAGACGUAUCCUAGUCCUAAAUGUGAAUACCGCAGGUAAUUCCACGUAUUGUUUACGAUUCAUCUCCGCUGCAUGUGGAGUGUGAGUGUGGACACAUAGAAAUAUGUUGACUGAGUCACUGCUGCCACGACGCUGACACAUUCCAGGAGAGGAGGACUGUCCGGGCUGCCUCUCUUCUGAUAAGCAUCCUAUGGUAUUCUGUACAAGUCAAGAUGGCGGUGUCGGCAACGGAAAGGGACGCAAUAAAUACUGAAGAUGACCAUCACAACGAUUCGUUCGGGAACCCCGGGCUUAUCUCGCCGGAUAGGGAGGACAUUGCACGGCUUCUGAAGGUGCCAUUCAGCGGCCGCAUCAGAGGUGGUAUGAGGCCGGGGAAGAAGGUCAUUGUCAUGGGCAUUGUUGAUCUGGAGCCAGACAGCUUUGACGUCAGCCUGACUUGCGGCCGCGGCACAGAGAAGGAGGAGCCACAGCCGGAUGUGGCCCUGAAACUCAGCGCUCGAUUCGCUGAGCACCAGUUUCUGCGUAACUCCCGCGUCUCGGGAAAAUGGAGCGAGGAGGAGAAGUCUAUCGACUACUUCCCCUUCAUCCCUGACCAGCCCUUCAGGGUACCUGUUACACUGAUCCUAACCCCUAACCUGACCAGCCCUUCAGGAUUGAGAUCCACUGCGAACACACGCGCUUCCGGAUAUUUGUGGACGGAAAUCCGCUCUUUGACUUUUUUCACAAAGUGAAAUCUUUGCCGUCCAUCGAUACAGUGAGGAUAGAAGGGGUCUACAGAUCACCAAGCUAGGUUAACCAACCCAGCUGCUAUGCCAGUGUGUGACACAACAAGAACUCAAUACAGGUGAACACACACACCUGUUACUACAAUACCCACAAUGCAACACUGCAGCGACAGUGGGCCUAGCGCUUUGGAAAGGCCUCGCCCAUCCCGGUUUGGUUCUGCCGUCACUCCUCUUCUUCUUUCCCCUUUAUCUUGUCACGUCUCAACCAAGAUCUGACGUUAUUGUGACCUUCCUAAUUGUUGGUUGAAUGGUUGCAAUGCAACGCAGCUCUGUGUGUCUUUGUUCUGAAAGAAUUCCUUUGUUUUCUUCCUCAGUUCUGUGUGUGUCAGGGAUCUCACAAUAUAAACGCCUGCUCAUGGUUACCAAGCAUCCUAUGGGGAUUUUGCUGAGAGAGGGGGCCCCAUUCCAAAUGUAAUAGUGCACUGCUUUUGGGGCACUUAUUGGGCACUAGAGUGCUAUUUGGGACACAGCCGUAGAGCACUCAAAAGUAUUUGCUUUCAUGUGGAGAAAUCCUACAAUUCUCAGGAGGUUUCUCAGGAAUCAACACUAUUUAUCACGUAUAACAUCAUCACUGUAAAUGAGGGUUAUUUCGUGGGGUUGACAAGCUCAAUAUUAUGGGAGCUUCCAUUUUUCCACUCCCUCCCUGUUCUUGAAUUGGGUUUUAUUGGUUGGUUGGUUGUCAUGGUUAUUGGCAUCCUAACUCAAUGACCUACAUACAGAGGUUGCAUUCUAAAUUGCAUUCUAUUCCCUAUAUAGUGCACUACUUUGAUCAGGGCCUAUUGGGCUCUGGCCAAAAGUAGUGCACUACGUAGGGAAUAGGGUGCCAUUUGGAAAGGGAAAUGAGGAUUAUAUUGUGGAGUCUCAGCAAGAUGUACCGUAGCAGCUUAUUGAUUGAAAUGUCUUGUAACUGUAUGCAAUGUAUUAAUGGUGGUUCUUACUCACAGUUUCAGUUCAUUGCAACCAUUCUCCUCCUGUAGAUAUAGAUAUUGCACUGACAUAGAGCUAUGUGGUAGUGAAUAGAAUGUAUUGUUAAUUUGGAGCUUCGUUUACAUUGCUUAUUUAACAGUGAUGAAUGAUUGGUUCAUUUAAAGGGGUAGUUCACCACAAAAUCCAAGUUUAUCAGAUGUGUUUUAUACCUCAACUGUUCUGUGUGGAGCUAAUAAACUGGAAUUAGAGGUGCCAA